UCGUGGGUUUAUUAUGUUACAACUUUUUAUUUGAUUUAAUUACUCAGCUUUUUUUUCCUUUUUUUUUAUAUUUUUUUUUUUAUAAAAUUCAGCGACCAACUCGUAGCUGAUUGUUAUCGACAAGAACAGCAUUUAUUUACAAAUUUAGCACUUCGUUGCAAUAUCAAUCAUCAUGAGCGACUGGAAUACAGUAACGAUUUUGAGGAAGAGGCCGCCAAAGCCUUCCACUAUGAAAUCUGAACAGGCCAUCAAUAAAGCUAGGCGCGAAGGUGCUGUUAUUGACACUCAAACCAAAUGGGGUGCAGCUACAAAUAAACAUCAAGUGACCACAAAAAAUACUGCAAAAUUGGAUCGGGAAACUGAGGAAUUAAAGCAUGAUAAAGUACCUAUUGAUUUAGGUCGUCUUAUACAACAAGGACGACAAGCUAAAGGUCUUAAUCAAAAAGAUUUGGCUACUAAAAUUAAUGAAAAACCACAAGUAAUUCAGGAUUAUGAAGCUGGUCGUGGAAUACCUAAUCAAUUGAUUAUUGGGAAAAUUGAAAAAGUACUCUGUAUAAAAUUACGAGGAAAAGAUCGCGGCCAAGCACUUCUGCCCCCUAGUUCCAAGAAGUGACGGGCUUGGGGGAGUAUUGAAAUAAGUCACUAAUUUCAAAUUUACGCUAAAUACUUUUAAUUUUGUUCUAAAUAAAAGAAAUUGUUGUGACAAAACAUUUACCUUA